UACAUCUAGACAUUAUCUCGUCUCUUACCCGAUAGCCCACGCCCAUAAUGGACGCAAAGCCACAACGCCCAUUGAGGGCUCUUCGCAUACGCGACGAGAACGCAGUGCCCCAGCUGCCUGCCGGCAAGACGCUGCACUCGCGCAACAAGUCAACACCAGCCCUGUCUGCACUGGCGCAGGCGGGCGCCAUCAAGGCGGCCGCUGCCAAGCGAACCGUCUUUGGCGAUGUUAGCAACACCACUCGACAGCCCACUGCCAAGGAUGAUACGCAAAUAACGGGCAAGAAGAAGAACCUUGACAUUCUCAAGGAUACCGCUACUGUCACAGUCAAGGAGACUGCCAAGGUCAGCACGCUUUCACGACCAGCCCAACGCCCCGUGGCCAGCGUCUCGUCCAAAGAGCACGCGUCCAAGGAUGCCCACGAAGUCGCGUCUGCCGCCCCAAAGCAAGUCAGCAUUGACGCCAGCCAACCCGCCGCCAAUGUUCGCAAGACUCUCACAAAGAAACCAUCCACGGCCGUCCUCCAAGAAGCACCUUCAAGCUCGGCGAUUGAUGCUGCCAUCGCGCCCGUACCUUCGCGCCACCCGCUCCCUGCACAAACUUCAUUUCCCAACGUGGACCGUGCCUCAGCACAGUCCCAACAACAUGCGACUAUUCCGGAAGAGGAAGAGAAGGUCGAGCCCAAAAAUAAUGCAGACGAUCGGUACGAGUAUCUCGAUGCGCUUGAGGAGCAGGCCCGCGUUCUAGAACAAGAACGAAACGACGAACUCGCCAAACUAAGCGGCAUCAACGGCCUCGAGCAAGAAGAGUACUGGGACGAAGAGGAAGACGAGACAUAUUACGACGCCGAUGGCUACACGACUGCUAGAUCUCUUCGAUCGCGCAGCGACAACACAACUGGCGGUGUUACUCUGGUCCUCGCGCCUAGGGUAACAGCAAAGACACAACGCGAACUGGAGGCUGCGCGAGUCUUCGUCGAGGCAAACCGCACACCCGAAGACGUCGAGGACGAGCAGUGGGACACGUCCAUGGUGGCCGAGUAUGGCGAGGAGAUUUUUGAGUACAUGCACGCUCUCGAAGAGCGCAUGAAGCCUAACGCGUCAUACAUGGAUCACCAGGCGGAGAUACAAUGGUCCAUGCGAUCCGUCUUGAUGGAUUGGCUCGUCCAGGUCCACAACCGCUUCACUCUCCUCCCAGAGACCCUGUUCCUUGCUGUCAACUACGUCGACCGCUUCCUCUCAUGCAAGGUUGUUUCUCUUGGCAAGCUGCAGCUUGUCGGUGCCACUGCUCUCUUUGUCGCAGCCAAGUACGAAGAAAUCAACUGCCCGUCUGUGCAGGAAAUUGUGUACAUGGUAGACGGUGCUUACACCGCUGAUGAGGUUCUCAAGGCCGAGCGCUUCAUGCUGAGUAUGCUUCAAUUUGAGCUGGGAUGGCCCGGCCCAAUGAGCUUCCUGCGACGCAUAAGCAAAGCGGAUGAUUACGACCUUGAGACACGGACCCUGUCCAAGUAUUUCUUGGAGAUUACCGUCAUGGACGAGCGCUUCGUGGGUUGCGCUCCCAGCUUCCUUGCUGCGGGCGCCCACUGCCUCGCACGCUUCAUGCUGAAGAAGGGUGACUGGUCGCAAUCGCACGUACAUUAUGCUGGGUACACGCUGACCCAGCUCCGGCAACUCAUAACCGUUAUCCUUGAGUGCUGCGACAAUCCCCAGAAGCACCAUGCUGCCGUGUACGAAAAGUACACUGACAAGCGCUAUAAGCGUGCUUCCAUCUUUGUCGAAUCAGAGCUUUCCAAGGGCUUUUCUCUCCCGUUCAAGUCGAGGGACAGCCUUGCAAGCCAGACUUGGAGGCGAAAGUGAAUACACUUGUCUCCAUGUCGUCUUGACUUGACUCUGUUCUAACUUGGCUCAUAGGGCUCGUGUGACAACGCAUCUCAUGGAGAUGGUCCACCAGCACCCGUCAGUCAAGAGUCAGGCCGCCUCUGCACAUCGACCAGCUCCACCCCAGCAUCACCAACAUGGUCACCACCGAAAUUUUCUCCAUUCUUGCUUAUUGUUCUCCGACACACGGCGCUUUGGCGGCUUUCUGGAACAUGGUCAGCUUCAGCAGACAUCCCAGUCUGCAUUGGUCCAAUCUUCUUUUGGGCAUUCGGCGCACGGUGUUUAUGGAUACCCGACCUAAGUCUUUUCCUUCU